AUGGCGUUUCGGACGGCUGCGGCCCUGCGAUUGUGUCGCUCACGGCACCUGGCCGUCGCAGUGACCUCACGCACGCCCCUGAUGGUGACCCUGCGGUCACUGAGCAGUGUGUACAGCGCCACCAAAGCCAUCACUGUCCCUUGGUCUGAAUCGGCGGAAGAACAACUGGCUGCCUACAGUAAAUACAAGAUCAAUCGCCUCUCACUCCAGGCCCUGCUCGACUUUGGCAAACGUCGUGACUCGAGUGAAGCCCUCAUGCAGUCUUGCAACUUUAUCCACACCGAGUGCCCAAUCCGCUUGGCGCACAUGAUCAAGGAGAUGCGAACGCUACCGGACGUCGUAUUGUCACAGCCCCUCAUCAAUCGAGUCUACAACUGGUAUCUACUGAGCUUUAAGGAGCUCAUUGAUUACAUGCCGGUUGGAGCAGAUGCCACGCCUCAAGAUGCGGAUGCCUACUGUCAAGGUUUUACCGAACUUCUGGAGCGCACCUUGCUGCGACACCGCGCGACUGUCAUCACCUUUGCUUUGGGUCUGCGCCAAUUGCAUAACAAGGGAUUGCUUGUUGGACGCGAAGAGUACAUCACCGAAUAUCUGAACCGCUUCCUGAUGGCCCGCAUCGGCAUCCGCUUCGUCUUCAAUCAGCAUCUGGCACUUUUCUCCCAUCGCCAUCAACCCCGCGACCCCCGCGACGACACAACCGAGAAAGUAGAGCUGGGCAGCCGCUGGAUUGGCUCCAUCGAUCCCGCCGUCCGCGUUGAUGACAUUGCCACCGAUGCCUGCCUCAAUGCCCAACAAAUGUGUUAUGACUUGUACGGCGAUGCACCCAAGUUUGAGAUUAUUCAGCCCCGUGAAGAGCACAACGAUCUUUCGUUCGCAUACGUGCCCAGCCAUCUGUACCACAUUCUCUUUGAGCUGCUCAAAAACUCAAUGCGCGCCACCGCUGAACAACACGAUAACAGUCCCACUCUACCCCCGGUUCGCAUCAUCAUUGUCAAGGGUGAUAGCGACUUGACCGUCAAGAUCAGCGAUGAGGGUGGCGGUAUUGCCCAUGCCGAUGUACCCAAACUCUUUACUUACUUUUACUCGACUGCGCCUCAACCAGUCAUGUUCGAUGACGAGGAGGGGUUGACGGACAUGGAUCGUGCCCCCAUGGCGGGCUUUGGUUAUGGCUUGCCUGUCGCCCGGCUCUACUCGCGCUACUUUGGCGGUGACCUCAAUCUGAUGACUGUUCAGGUAAGAUAA